CUAGCGACGCAUGAAAUAGAAAUAAACAAAAUGUUGCCAUGGUAAACAAAAUAAAAAAUUUUGAUUUUUUUACUUGAAGUUAAGCUGUAUAAAUUGUUUAUGAAAAUGAUUCCUGAUUAAUAUUACCAAAAAAUAAUAACAAUAAUGAAGAACAAUUCUCUGUCUGUAUAUUCACCGAAUGUGGAUUAAUUUGGACAUAGUUGAUUCUGAAUAUGGAAGAUUUCAAAAUUAUUAAAACUUUAGGUGAAGGCUCAUUUGGUUCUGCUUUCUUAGUUGAAGAUAUUGUAUCCAAAAAGUAUUAUGUAAUUAAAAAAAUUUCUUUAUCAAAUCUGAGUGAAAAUGAAAAAGCAUUGGCUUUAAAAGAAGUUGAAGUGUUAUCAAAGAUGAAACAUCCUAACAUUAUUACGUAUCAUAAAUCAUUUGAAGAAAAUAAUAACUUGUAUAUAGUAACAGAUUACUGUGAUGGCGGUGACUUGUACUCCACAAUUAGAGCUCGAAAUGGGGUAUUUUUUCCCGAAGAUCAAAUUCUUGACUGGUUUGUACAGGUAUGCCUGGCAGUAAAGCAUGUGCAUGAUCAAAAAAUUUUGCAUCGAGACAUUAAAACACAAAACAUUUUUUUGACAAAAUCUGGCAUAGCAAAGCUAGGAGACUUUGGAAUUGCUCGUGUUUUAAACAACACUUUUGAAUUAGCACAGACUUGCAUAGGUACUCCAUAUUACCUGUCUCCAGAAAUCUGUGAAAAUCGUCCUUAUAAUAAUAAAUCAGAUAUAUGGUCAUUGGGAUGUGUGUUGUAUGAAUUAACCACUUUAAAACAUGCUUUUCAAGCAAAAAAUAUUAAAAGUCUUAUUCUGAAAAUUAUUAAAGGUUCUCUCCCUCAGAUACCUGACAUUUAUAGCUCUGAACUCAAGAACUUGAUGGAACAAAUAUUUAAUAGAAAUCCUCAUACACGCCCCUCUGUAAAUGCUAUUUUAAGGAAGCAGUUCAUUGUAAAUCGAAUUGGCAAAUUUCUUAAUGAGUCAAAAAUGAGAGAGGAAUUUAAAAAAUCAAAAAGCACAAAAAUUCCAUUCUCUUCACCUACAGCUCAAUCUAAACUUGAUAAAAUGAAGUUUACUGAUCCAGCAGCAAAGUAUGGUAUUUCUUUGGCUAAAAGAAAACCUUCAAAGCAAAUCAAAAAGUCUGCUGGCAAAGAAAAGCAGGUUGACAGCCAUAAUACUAACAUGUUUAAACAUGCCAAAACUCUUGCAAAUUUGACAAAACAUAAAUUAUCUCAUAAACAAACUGAAAACAAUGCUGAUUCAAUAUUAAAUAAUCUAUUACCCAAUAAAGUACCAAAUCAUGAAGAUACCAAGUUAAAUCAAGAGAUAUCUGAUGCAAAUAAAUCUAUUAUUGAGCUUUCAUCUAUUGAGUUCUGUGAGAAAUCUCACAAGUUAAACUUUCCUUUGUUGCCAUCACAAAACAGUUCAACCUAUUUAGAAACGGAUGCUUCUGAAGUUCACUCUGAAAUUUCAUUCCAAAAUUCAACAAUCAUUGAAACUGUUUUAUCUGCAGAUAACUGUUUUGAUGAUAGCUUGCAAAAAACUGUAUGUGAAGUAAAUCUCCCUGAUAUUUCUGAUAAUAUACUUUUUAGUCAACAAUCUCCCAGUCCUAAAAAGAGAUCUAAAUGGUCAAAGUGUGAAGUUGACUUUUUAAAAAACUUGCCACUAGAAGUUACAGCUUCAAAAGACUUUUCAGCUUCUAAUAAAGUUAUGUAUCGUAAUCGACCUCACUCUGCACCUCAUGUUGGUCGAACGAGAAUUAAAUCAAAAGACCCAGCUGGUAUAACUUCAAGUUAUAUGUGCCCUGUCAUUUAUCAUAAGCAGGAUUCCAAUCAUGAUUUGUGUAAUGAUAAUGAAGAGAGUAAAUGCGAACCUACUGAAAAAAAUUUAACUGUAAAAAAAAAUGAGAUUACGAACUCUGAAGCUGAUAUUAUGUCUAUUAAUCUGAUUUCAAAAAAUGAACUCCAAGUUUCAAAUAAAAACAUUGCUGGAAGAAAAAAUUAUUUGGAAAAUGGGGACUUUGAUUUAAAAUCUGGCGUUUAUUGCAAUAAGACUUUCAAAGUGAACAGAUGUGAUUCUGAUUUCUCUCCUUCAGUAACUUUGAAUUUGGAAGAAGGAGAUGUUAUCUUACCAUUGAUUUCCCGUGGUAAAGUUAGCAAUUUAAAAUCAGACAUCAAUCAGAAUUCUGAUGCACAACAGUAUAAAGAUCGUUUUCACUUACCAAUGAUGAUUGAUGAUGAUUUAGAAACAAAAAAUAAUAUCAGAAAUAAAACAUAUUUGCUUAGACGUAAUAGUGAUGUUGCUUCAUAUGGCUUGUUUCAUUUACCCACUCUGUCUGAAGAAAAGUCGGAAUGUAAGAGUAUUUCUGAAGUUUUUAAAUGGGAAAAUGAGAAUGAGAAAUCAGUCAUUAAUUCUACAUUAGACUUGAAUGAAACUGAAGGAAAUUUGACUAAUAAAGAAUCAGGCAUUAAUUCUACAUUAGACUUGAAUGAAACUGAAGGAAAUUUGACUAAUAAAGAAUCAGUCAGUAAUUUUGCAAUAGACUUGAAUGAAAUUGAAGGAAAUUUGACUAAUAACGAAUCAGUUGUUAAUUCUUCAUUAGACUUGAAUGAAACUGAAGGAAAUUUGACUAAUAAAGAAUCAAUCACUAAUUGUACAAUAGACUUGAAUGACAAUAAAGAAAAUUCGAUUAAGAAUGAGAAAUCAGUUGCUAAUUCUAUUUCAAAUUUGAAGGACAGGGAAGAAAAAUUUUCUUGCAGCAAUUUAAAAACAAGCCUAGCUGAAAUAGGCAUUCAGUGUAACUUGGGACUAUAUUCCGAUGAAUGUUUGCUCUUAAGAAACUCCUCUGAUGCAAAUAUUGAAACUUCCCUUCUAAGGAAUAUUGCAAAUAAAGAUGCCUUGAACAGUAAAUGCCCUUCCCUUCCUGAUUUAUCUAUACAUCAUGAGGAUUUAAAAGUGCCUUUCAAAAGAGGAAAAUUGUAUCCAUCAUCUUCUUUAAGCCCAAACCAUUUUAAUUCUGAAACAGAAUCAGAAGAGCUUUCUCGAACUUCAUCAUCAUUAGCACAGGAAACCAGUGAAGAAGAUGAUCUUUAUCAGGUUUGCCAGACUCUAAGAGUUGUCUUGAAACAAUCUCAAAAUUUAGAUUGCAGAUCGAUUUGCAGCUACUCUUCAUUUGGUAACUCUUCAUUUUGGUAUUUCUUAGAUUUUUUUGUUGUCUUUAAUGCUGAAAUAAGCUAUAAUGGGCAAACUAAUUAUAAGUUUUUUUGGGGGGGGAGAAAUUUUACAAGGCAUUUUUGAUAAUAUAUAUAUUUUUUUAA